GCAGGGUCGCGGCGGCGCGGCCCCUCCCGCCCCCCGGGCGCACUGUCCCGCGUUAAGCAGGUGGGGACGGCCGGAGCCCGUUGUUUGCGUGUCCCGCUACGUCUGGGGAAAAAAACCCACCAGACUGAGGGAAAAAAACUACUUUUGCCGUCAAUUCCUGCUUUGACCGACCGUGAGGAAACGGGCAGUGACACGGGAGCGUGGCGCCUGCAAAGGCAAAGCGAAAGUGUCGGUGCCCGCCCCGUGCUGACACGCGUGGUCCGUGGAGAGGAGGGAGGUGUUGAUUAACUGCGGUAAAACGGUGCGGUGAGCUGAAGCUGGUUCUAAAUUAAAACUGAAGAAAGGCAUCUUUUCUUGCAUUUUGAAACAGUGGAAGAGUCUGGUUGUAUACGGGAGGGCCGUGCAGUCAGUGGUUGCUUCUCCUGCUCAAUUCAUCAUGAUAACUCCAGCUUUUGAGCUGAGCCAAGAUCCGGAUUUUCUUACAAUAAUAAUCAAAAUACCUUAUGCCAAAGCUUCAGAGUUUGAUUUAUAUUUUGAAGGGGAAGAUUUUAAAUUUUAUGCUAAACCUUACUUUCUCAGAUUGACCCUUCCUGGAAGGAUUGUGGAAGAUGGUAGAGAAAAAGCAUCUUACAAUACAGAUGAAGGAACUUUUACAAUUCGGUUACCUAAGGAGAUUCCUGGCCAAUAUUUUGAAGGACUGGAUAUGCUGACAUCUCUUUUGGCAACAAAGAAGUUAAGAUCAGUAAAACCUUUAGUGGAAGAAAUAGGUACAGCAAAAAAUCCUUAUAUUAGUGCUGCUUCUGCUCCAUUGUCUGAGGAGGAAGAAGAAUUUGACUGGGAAAUUGAGCAGACUCCUUAUGAAGAAACUGCGGAAAGCACUCUACAACAACAGUAUUGCUAUGGAUUUGGGAAUUUGUACUCAGCAGUGUUCCAGCGACUGCAGGAUGAACUCAGUGAUAUUAUUGACAUUAAGGAUCCAGACCGAGUGCCUGUAGAUGAACGUAGGAGGAGACGCCUGGCAGCUGAGGCUGCUAAGUUUGAUCCUGAUCAUUACCUAGCUGAUUUUUUUGAAGAUGAAGCUGUUCAACAUGUUUUGAAAUAUAAACCAUGGUGGGUUGAUGCCCAUAAAAAAAAGAUGGCCUUGCAGGAAGAAAGUCAUCAGGAACAUGAAACUUUUGUUGUCUUCUCAGAAGAAGAGAGAGAGCAGCUCAGAAAAUUCAAAAAUAAAUCUCAUCUUCUGGAUAAAAGAAACUGUCAUCACAUAUAUCUCAGUUUAAUUGAUAUCAUUCUGGCAUAUUGCUAUGAAAUCUGUGUCAAUGAAGGAGAUAAGAAUGUUGAAUCAUCUUGGAAUGUCAGGAAACUGAGUGCAACACUGUGCUGGCUGGACAGUUUCGCUAGUAUUCAUGAUGUCUUGGUAUCUUUUGGAAGAAGAGUUUUGUGCUAUCCCCUGUACAGACAUUUCAGAUUAGUGACACGUGCCAUUGAUGAUGCAGUCAAGAUACUGCAACUAGGAAAAGCUGCUGUUCUGAAGUGUCUGCUGGACAUUCACAAGAUUUUUAGGGAGACUGAUCCUUCCUACAUCCUUAAUGAUCUCUUCAUUACAGACUAUUGCAUCUGGAUUCAAAAAAUCAAGUCAAAAAAGUUGGCUGCACUUGCUGAAUCCUUGCAGAAAGCAACACUCACCAAGUCACACAUAGGACUUGAACUGGAAGAGCUGGAAGCAGCAGCAGUGCUAGUACAAGAAGAAGAGAGUAAGUUAAAAGCUGCUGGCACAGUUUCUAAGCAACAGCUGCCUUCCUCUGAGUCGGAGACAAGCGACUCUGAAGAAUCAAGCAGUACUUCAUCUGAGACAGAAGGCUCUGAUUCAGAUGAGCGAGAAUCCUCAACCAGUGAAGAUGGGAAAAUAAAUUCUUUACAAGGCACACUUCAAGAGGAGAGGACAGCUCCGCUUAUUGACUGUAAUGGAUUAAGGCAAGACACAAACACUUCGAUGUUCGAGGUUAGUGAUGAAAAAUCAAAGGUUCCUUUGCAAUCUACAUCUGUUCCUGGCAGAUUAAUAGAAGAAUUAGAAAAACAAAUGCACACUGCAAUUAGACUUUCAGAGCAGCCUGAAGGAUUGGCUACUGCAAGAAGCAUUGUUUCACAGCAACAAGAAAAUUGUGCAUCUGGACCUAAUGGUUUUUCAAAAGAUAAUAAAGGGAAUGGAAAUUUCUUGGAGGUGUCUUCAAAGAAAACCCCUUUGCUUUUUCUUUGCAGCACAGAAGAUGAUGAAGACUAAGACUGUGUUAGAAUACACUGUGACCUGUUAGGUGACACAGCUCAUUGUUAUAAUGAGGUGUUCCUAAGGCUAUUCUGAGCUGCAGAAAAGUUGAUAUUUUUCUUUGUAUUUGUUGGCAGUUUGGAGGACAAGACAGCUUUGAAGGAAAUUGAUAUGAUUGUGUAAUACUUUCAUAAUUAGUCUUUUAUUUUGCUUCACUCAUAGAACAGUCAAAUUUGUCUGCUUGUGUGAAUCUAACUGCAGUAAACUCCUAGAAAAAGUUGUCAUUGUUUAUCAGGUGGUAUGAUGUUCUAAUCAAAUAUAACUGAAAGCAUCAUUUUAGCUAUUUUUAGGUGGUGGGAUUUAUUUGAAAAAUAUCCUUAUGUUUGUAUAAACUUGUUUAUGAUUUUUUGCUGCAUUUUUUGAUUUUUAAAAUGCUUUAUGGCUAACUAGUUCACUUAAAUAAUAGUAAUAACUUGAAAAAACUAAACAGUGCUGUCACUUUUAAAUAUUUUCUGUUAUACAAAAUAAAGGAAAUUUCUUUAUCGUGUUCAGUGCAAGAUAGAAGGGUUAUAGCUUAUAGUUCUGUGAUUCUUACAUAAGGAAUUUCAAAAAAUUUGACAUAUUUGUUCUUUUGUGCUAUUCUUAAAUGUUUCCACACAUAAACAU